AUUUAAUUCCAAGUAAUGAAGCCAACAUUUACUAAAAAAAGAAAUAGAGGGAGAGAGAAAAAAACCAAGCGGAAAGGCACAAAAUCACAAACGCUUCAGUUCAGACAGUUUUCAAAAUUCGAAGGGAGUCGUGUCGAGGUCUCCUCUCCCAUAUCUUCCCUUGUAGAACAAGGUCCUUUCUUUAGGGCUCAAGAUUUUGACCAAUCUUAUUCUCCAAGGUACAUAGGUAAUAGCGGUUUGAAACCCUUAUUCGUUGCUGCAAAAGUUGGCGGAAUUAGGGGUUUUUUUUUUCUUGUUUUUUUUUUUGAGAUGGGCGGUGAAGAAGGAACAAGCAAUGGUGAUGGUACAGAGUGCUCAGAGGGGAUUCAAUGCUUGGAAAGUGAUUUAGUAAAUAAUGGGGUUCGAUUUGGGAAUGGAACAGCUGACGUUGCAGGAUGGAGCUCGGGGAAAAGUGAGGGAUUUCGAACUUACAAGAGGCGGAAGCAGGUGAAAUCUUGUUCCGAGAGCAAAUUACAGGAUGAUGGCAGAGCUUAUGCAAAGACUGCAAGUCUACUGGGGCAACAGCCUUUCAAAGAACAACAAGGCGUUUUCGUAGAAAAUACUUGUGAGCAUAAGCAAACUUGCCUCUGCAUGGAUGGUUUGAAAAAUUGUUCACGGAGGCCUUGGAAAAUUGUUUUGGAGCAUAUGUAUCAGUCUUUAAGUGAGAGUGAAGGUGGUAUGCAUGGAUGCAUUCAAGAUGCACUUGAAUUCUUUCCUGAUAUUAAUCAUGUAGCAAGAGCUAAGCAGUGUGAUCAUCACAUUGAGAAUAGAGAGAGGUGCAGUUCACAACCACAUAGUCUCUUAAAAGGAUUUCAGAAAGAAGCUAGUGGGCAAGUGGGUGUUGUAUCCAAUGGACAUUUAGAUAGCUUAAAUCAUCGCUCAGUCACUGAGAUGUGUCAUCAUACUUGUUUUGAUAUUCUAACAUCAGAAAAGUUUACCUCACUCUGCAAGCUUUUGUUAGAAAACUUCCAAGAAAUGAAGAUUGACAGAUUUUUUGACGUUACUCUUAUAAACUCAAGGAUGAAAGCUGGAGCCUACAACCAUUCUCCUAUGCUAUUCCAUUCAGAUAUUCAACAGGGUUGGGGAAAGCUUCAAGCAGUUGGUGCUGAGAUGGUUUCUCUUGCGAAAAACCUCUCUGAUUUUUCGAGUUCUUGCUAUAGUAAGCAGGUGGGGGGUUUAGUUCGCAGCGCAUCUGAAGAUGGAAAACAAGAGUUCUGCCGCUGGGAAUCUGACGCUCACACUAAGGUGGAUCGGGGAGAGGAUUGUUGUGAAUACAGAACUUGCCCUUGUAAGCGUUGUGGAUACAAAGCAGAUGGGAGGGACUGUCUAGUUUGUGAUUCAUGUGAGGAGAUGUAUCACAUAUCCUGCAUUGAACCAGCUGUUGAAGAGAUUCCCCCAAAAAGUUGGUAUUGUGCUGCUUGCACUGCCUGUGGAAUUCGUUCACAUCGUGAAAAUUGUGUGGUGUGUGAGAGGAUGAAUAAGACUGUGGUCAAGGGUGUUGGUAAUGGAAGUUCUUGUACAAAUGAAGAGGCACUUGAACUGGGUGAUGAUUCAAACUGUGGUACAGGUGAAGAAAAAGCAUCAAAAAAGAGUGAAAGGAUAGAACGCUGUAAAAUUUGUGACAGUGAGAUACGAGAAGGUGAGAAGGUAAAAAUAUGCGACCAUCAAUUCUGCCCCUUUAAACUCUAUCAUGCAAGGUGUUUGACAAAAAAGCAGCUAAAAUCGUAUGGUACUACUGGCUGGUACUGCCCGUCUUGCUUGUGCAGAUCUUGUCUUACUAAUAAAGAUGAUGAUGAUAUCAUUAUAUGUGAUGGCUGCGAUUGUGCGUACCAUAUCUAUUGUCUGAAACCAGAACUGACUAGUUUUCCAGAGGGACAGUGGUUUUGCAGAUCGUGUGAAGAUAAAUUGCACGCAAUAAGGACAGCAAAAAGGGCAUAUGAGAAUUCUGAAAACAAACAGAAAAAGAAACGCAGUGGAAGAAUAGUGACAUUUGAAAAUCAUGGAAAGUGGAAAAGUAAAGGAAUCAUGGGAUCAGAUAAAGGUGGAGGAAUGGAGAUGCUGUUAACUGCAGUCAAUACUCUUAACUAUGAAGAGGAUUUGGCUGGCAUUUAGGUCAAAACUACUAGGUAAUGCUGGGAUAGAGGGAGACUGUAAUUUUCAGUCUCAACGAGUAAUGUCUCACCUCUUAGGCGUAUAUCCUUGUGCUAAUGAUUUUCUUUUUUCCCUCGCUAAUUUCCUUUUGCCUCGUUAAUUUGAGGGCUGAUAUUUUGGUAGGUUGUAAGCUGAGUUCGAUUUGCUGAUAUAUAUAUAUAUAUAUAUAUUUUGAUACGCAUCUCAGGGAAGACUUCCUAUCCUUGUUGAAGUGAAAGGGUAUGAGAAUCACUACGUCAAUCUGGUAGAGUGACCAUUUUAAUAGCCAUUGUUGAAUAUGCAUGUUUCUAAUACUGUACCAUACAAGUACAUAUGUUUGUUUCAAGAGCUAUUAGAAGCUAAUGUUUUUUGUCAGUCAUUCUUGUAAAAUGCAGAAAAACGAGUUAUGAAACAGCUGCUCUUGGUAAUCAAAAUUAAGGAUAUUUUUCUUUCUUCUAUUUUACGUCUCUUAUGGUU